AUGGCUGCGCAUCAGACCGAUUUCAUUAAUCCAAACAAUAUAAAUAUGCAAAUGGAUCGCUUACAUCCAUCUUCAUUGUGCAUUCCACAUCUCUUCGAUUUGAUUCGUCCGAGUAUUGGAUGGGAACUCUCAAAUUUAACGACACCCGAUAUUCCACUGGCCCUGGCAGCCGUAUGGGAUGACUAUAGCCAAAGUCUAUACUUUAUCAAUAUGGCUAGUUCCGGCAUGCAAUCGUCUAUUUUCCGUUACAGUGAUUUGGAUGGCAUUUUUUACUCGGCAUACAUUGAAGGCGUGUCAGCACCUUCAUUUAUCAUGCCCAUAAAAGAUGAAUGUGACAAAAUGGCAAAGUGUAAUGUGUGCGGUUAUCGAUUAUUUGCCGUUGGAGUCGAUCAUAGUGUGUUAAUUAUCAAGUGGAAUGGGAAAUCGACAAAGGCCAAAGUGGUUAGUACUCUUUUGACACUGGAACAGAAUAUGCCAUUGAGUCGAACGAAUUUCGCUCGAGCUGAUAACAAAGGACGGCUCUACGGCGGAACGCUUUCGCGAAAAUUUUGCAAUAUAACUGCAUCAGAAGGAUUCUAUCGAUAUAAGAAGACAGCCGGUGUUGAUCUUCUAUUCAACGGUUUAUUUUCAACAUCGGGCGUUGUUUUCAACGAAGAUUUAAAUAAAAUUUACCAAUUGGAUACUUGCACAGGAUUCAUCGCCGAAUUUGACUGGGAUCCAAAAACCGGCGACAUAUACAUUUUGGAAAAUGCGCUUGCGAAAUGGUUUUCUGGGACGGGUGGUUUGGCUGAUGUUUAUGACAUAAAAGUGCCUGGCAUUUCUGGAAUGGCAUUAGGUGGACCAAAUCGAGAUAUUAUGUACGUUAUUGCCGGUUCGGAAAUUGUUAAUGUAUAUUCAACUGCCGUUGUGAAACAAAUCACAGAGGGAACUUCAAUUUUCGUUCUACGCGGCAUAGGAGCAAUGGGACAGCCAUCAACGAGUCUUUCCAUCAAAGGACAAAACAAUGAUUGCAACAAAUGUGGAUCGCAUUAA